AUGGCACCUCUCCCGUUGAGAUUUCAUCAGGCUCUGCAACUCGAGUUGAAGAAGCUCGAGCGUGAGCCGCCCGGCACAAUCCAGCUCCCAGAAAUCGCCGUCGACUUCUGCGGUUGGGCCAUCGAGGAGCCGAUGCCACAACACCCUCGCGAGCAGCUCAUCACGGUCCGCAUCGACCCAGAACGAGACGUCUACGACCGCAUUAACCACUGUACGGGCAAUGGCCAAAUCUCUUUUGAUUGCGUCUUUGGGCGCAGCCUAAACCUUACUCCAGAGGAAAUGAGCGAAGGAGGGAGCGAGGCGAAGUCAAAGACUGGUUCGCAGUGUCUAAUUGUCGGGUACGCAUCAAGCGUUAGUGCGACGUCAUCAAUGACUCGAGUCUCAAAUCCACAAUGUCGUCCAAAGUCCGCCGUUGGUGUGGCAGUCCCGGACAACGUUGCGAAUCUUGCAACUACGAUAAACUACAUGAUUGUUGUGACACCAAUCCUUAAAUCAACUGAGAUAUCCUCCAAGUCACAAUCCUCGUCAACAUCCUCUUCAGCGCUGGUCAUGUCUGCAAAGAAACCACGAUUGUAUGCAAUGUUACGAAAAAAGAAUGGUUCGUGUGUUGCCCAUCACAUCGACGAGUCGCUCGUUUACUUCCGCCAUGAGUUUCGGGACAACUCCAUCACACAACUGGAUCGCCGCUGGGCUUGGGUAGCAAAAGUAUCUAUGACGGCGGCCAAAAUCUCUGGCAGAGCCAACCUUACACACUCGCGUCAAUUGACCGAGAAGAGAAAUGAGCGCAAUCCUGUGAACCUCGAUUACAGCCCAAACAGUAUAGUUCCACAAGGUCUCUCUCUUGAUCAAUCAGAGGAACUGCGACGACGGAUUCAACGACAAGUGCCUCUAGUGCGUGAUGUUCAAACUCAGACCCAGGUUCUGCCGCUUCUAGCACCUCAAGUACCAGUCCAAAACCCUCACGCCCGACUCGGAGCUCUUCAAGCGCAACCUCAAAAUGAGCCUAUUCAAGUUAGAUCUGACCAAGAUCAAGCUCAAGCAAAACUCGUUCAGGUUCAGGCUCAAGUUGAAGCUGUGCCUCAUCGAUUAGAGAUUCAUCCUCGUCAUGAGCGAGUUCAGUCCUUCGACAUGCAGAUUCGGCCUCUUAAUACAGAUGUUCAAGGACCGGCUCAACCUCAUCCUGGACUCCGAGCACCACUUUUACCUACAAUUCACGGUGAACAUGGCAUGGGGGUUCCUCCUCGGCCACCAAUCCCAGGUCAAGUCCACAUAGAACCUCCUCGCACUAAUAUUGCUCCAAGGGGUCUAUAUCAACAUCCACAUGAUGCACAAGUCCAAGCACAACCUCGACAGCAGCAAAACAUCUACCCACAAGGCCACCAGCAGGUUCCAUUCUACAAUCAAUAUCCAGUUCCUAAUCAGCCUAUGUACCAGGGUCAGAUGCCGAGACAGAUGCCUGGUCAAGCCCGCUUUCCUCAAAUGGCCCAGGCUGAUCCAGCAGUUCAAGAGCACCAUCAACGUGCGCUUGCUCCUGGAGAUAUACUUGUCCAGCAAGCUGGAUUUGUCCCCUAUGAGCAAGGUUCCCCGUAUGGGCAGAUGAUUCAAGCAGCUUACUUCGAUCGUUUGACUGGGUUAGCCUAUCCUAUGCCCUUUGCACCGCAGCACCCAGCUCCUCCAUACCAGGAUGUUAUGAAUCUGCAACAAGUUGGUCUUCCAACCCACCACGAGAUUGGUCAGCAGCAUCCUCGACCCCAAAUCCAGGACCAGAUCGCUGGUCCAGAUGAACUUCUAGCUCAGACUCACGCCCACCAACAAAAUAGAGAUCCUCGAGAUGUCCAGCAACAGGCUCCACGACGGAGGGAACCAGUGUGGGGGGAGUUUGACGCACCAAGACCACGAUAG